CGCAGCAAAUUACACCAUAUCGCUGGCCGAAGCAGCAAAUUGUGGUAGGAACAUGGUGGAAUACUCUAGACAGACUAACAUAGAGGACUUCAUCAUCCUAAAUAUCGAUAAUAGACGUGGGAAGAGCGUUUCCACCAGGCCAGGUAGACAGACAUCAUCCUAAAUAUCGAUAAUAGACGUGGGAAGAGCGUUUCCGCCCUGAAUGGAUGAACUGGUCCAGUGCUCAGAUCAUGGACUGACCCCGGAGCAGAUUCUAAAUCACUUUGCCAUGGAAUUGUCUGAUGCCCUUCAGUCCCAACUCUAUGCCAAAACUAAAGAGGAGGACAUGACCUGCGGGAAAGCUGAGACUUCUGUGGUCAAGCCUCAGAUUCCGCUAGAUCCCUUAGAGGCUGAACUGCUGGCCCAGGAGGAGAAACUAUGCCUGCAGGCCAAAGCAGUUGAGACUCUAAAGGCUGAGUUGAAGAAGAAAGAGGAGGCGGCCCAGAAAGAGGCCAGGAGGAAGUUGUUGAGUGCAGAUGUAGAGAAGAUUAGGGGUUGUACCAUCUUUAGCAAGAUCGACCUCAAAUCUAGCUAUCACCAGAUUGAGAUGGCUGAAGGCGAUGUCCAUAAGACAGCCUUCAAAACCAGGAAGUUCAUUAAAGACUUUUCUGCGAUUGCAGCACCCUUGACUGAUCUCACAAAGAAGGACACUUCCUUUCUUUGGACAUCAGAAUGUCAGGAGGCCUUCACACGUCUCAAGGAGGCCUUAAUUCGUGCCCCUGUUUUGAAGUUACCUAACCCUACCCUGCCUUUUGUGCUUACUACUGAUGCUAGUCAGUAUGGUGUAGGGGCGGUACUUCAGCAGGAUGAUGGGAAUGGUCUGCAGCCUAUUGAAUACAUGAGCAAGAAGAUCAAGACCAAGAAGCUGCAGGACUCUACCUAUAAGAAAGAGUUGUAUGCUCUUGUGCCAGCGCUCAAGCAUUGGAAACACUUUCUCCUAGGCAAGCACUUCAAGAUCUUUUCAGAUCACUCCACCCUUCAGUGGAUGAAGUCCCAGGGAGAGUUGAAUGACAAGCUUGCUCGCUACAUCCAGUUCAUUGACAUGUUUGACUUUGAACUGAGACACAAGAAGGGCUGCUACAACCGAGUAGCAGAUGCCCUUUCUCGUAGGCUUGACGCUCUUUUCUUGAUCUCCACUCACUCAUUUGGAGAGAGGACACGUCAGACCAUUGCCCAGUUGCUGCCCCAGGAUGAGAUCUUUGGGCCUAUAGUGAGGAAUCUCCAGGACAAUCCUGCCUCUGAACCAGGAUAUACUUUGGUCUCAGGUCUGCUGUAUACAUGCAGCAGAGGUGAUGAGCGCAUGUGCAUUCCCCAGGACCGCAAGCUGAGGACACUUCUGAUGUCAGAGUGUCAUGAUGCUCAAGGUCACUUUGGUGCCCUCAAAUCUUAUGCAGCCCCGUCGCAGCGCUUCUUCUUGAAGGAGACGAGGAGUGACAUGCUGCAUUAUGUGGAAACCUGUGAGCUAUGCCAAAGGAACAAGGUUGUACAUCGACCUCCCCUUGGCCUACUCAAACCCCUACCUAUCCUUGAUGCACCUGCACAGUCAGUGUCUAUUGAUUUCACUGACUUGGGUAGAACUACACCACGAGGGUCGGAACUUGCUGCAACUCCCCCCGCAAAGUGGCAAGCUGACACAGCUCUUGACGGGCCCUACUGAAGUCAGCUGUCAUGCCCUGAAGUUGCUGAUGAGCAGUUGACGGGCCCUAAUGAAGUCAGCUGUCAUGC